UACUCUGCCUGCCUGCAAUCCAACAUGGAGUAGAGAGAGAUGGGGCUCUAGCGGGGCCACCCCUCGGUAACAGCAGCAGCAGCGACAACGCGCUAUUUUACGCACAACUGGCACCGGAGUCGUCGGCGAAAACAUGCGCCCUAGGACUUAAAAUCGGAGAGUGUGUUUGUGCGUGACACUUGUGUGUCCGUGUGUUUGGGGAGGGAGGGGGGGGGGGGCGCGAGGAGAAGAGCUGGAUUCUGCGACUAAAUUGUCUGUAUCGGCGGCUCUGAAGGCGAUGGCUUAUUAAAGUUAUAAGGGGAGAAAUAUAGGGGGCAUUUUGCGAUCCGGGCCCGGACUCGGUGGCACCGGAGGGGGGAAGAAAGAAAGAAAUAAAAGGAGGACGGUGGGAAAGAAGACGGUCGAAGGCGAAGCCAAAGAGCCGACACUCGCACAAAGGCGCAGGGGGGAUUUAUGCGGAAUUGGAGACAGAAUCGGAGGAGCCGCGGCGAAAGAAUGACGAGCGAAAAGUAUGCAACCGCCGUGGUCCCCUACCUGAGGUGAAACGAGAAAAUGAUAGAAGAAACACACCCAAACGAUGACAGCUACAUCGUGCGUGUGAAAGCGGUGGUGAUGACGCGGGACGACUCGAGUGGCGGCUGGCUGGCCCAGGACGGGGGAGCUCUGAGCAGGGUGGGGGUGUGCCGCCUCCUGCCGCAGGAGUUGGCCCCCGUGCCGGCCUCCAGCAGCUCCCAGUUCCUCAUCCGUGGUGAGCGGCUACGGGACAAACAGGUUAUCCUGGACUGUCCGCUGAGGAAGGAUCUGGUGUACACCAUAGCAACGCCCACAUUUCAUCAUUGGAAGGUGGAGGACAGGAAGUGCGGCCUGUCCUUCCAGGGUCCAGCCGACGCCAGGGCUUUCGACAGGGGGGUGCGGAAAGCCAUCGAGGACCUGGCAGAAGGCUCCACCACUUCCUCUACAGCACUCCAGAACGAGGGCGAGCUGGGUGAUGACGACGUCUUCACCGUAAGCAAAUUCUCCUCCUACCCACGACUUCUUCUCUAA